AUGGGACGGUUUAACGUGGAACCAAUGAGGCACAUGGAGAAAGAACACUUUCGAGUGCUUCUGGCCAUUGAAAUGGGCAUGAAGAAUCACGAAGCAGUUCCAUUGCAACUUAUUUCUAUGAUUGCCAGCAUAUAUCGCGGAGGAUGUGCACAUCUUUUGCGAGAUUUGAACAAAAUGAAGUUGGUAUACCACGAAAAAGGUCGCAAAUGUAUGUUUUUUCUUGUUUUGUUGAAUGUUUAGGCAACCAAAAUCAAUAAUUAGACGUAGUUAAAGUGCGUACUUUUAAUUUUAUGUUAGUAAAGAGAUGUUUUUAGUUGAUGGAUAUCGCUUGACAACCUUGGGAUACGAUUACUUGGCCCUUCAUACUCUAAGGUCACGUGAUGUUGUUGGAGCUGUUGGAAACCAGAUUGGUGUGGGCAAAGAAUCUGAUGUAUACGUUGGAGGAGAUAUGGAACUCAAGGAUAUUGUUCUCAAGUUCAGUAGACUUGGCAGAACAUCUUUCAGAAAACUGAAGGAAAAACGAGAUUACCAUGGCAAACGGCAACAUUGUUCUUGGUUGUAUCUGUCUCGAAUCUCGGCUUUGAAAGAGUACACUUUCUUGAAAGCCUUGUUCAAUGCCGGCUUUCCAGUACCUAAACCUGUAGAUGUAUGUAGACAUACCGUGGUAAUGGGGCUGAUUGAUGGAGUGCCACUUUACAAACUUAUGGAGGUUGAGAAACCGGCUGAUUUGUACGAUGAGUUAAUGGGAUUGAUAGUGAAGUUGGCUGAAUAUGGUUUGAUUCACGGUGAUUUCAAUGAAUUCAACAUUAUGAUCACGGACAGUAUGAAGUUGUAUAUCAUUGACUUUCCUCAAAUGACCAGUACCGACCAUCCUAAUGCCAAGUACUAUUUUGACAGGGAUGUGGAAUGUAUCAGAGAGUUCUUCAGAAAGAAGUUUGCAUUUGAAUCCGAAGAUUUUCCGACUUUUGACGAAUUGGAAAGGAAAUACGAUCUGGAUGUUGAAUUAGCAGCUACUGGAUUCACAAAGAAGAUGGCCGCUGAUAUCAACAAAGCGUACGAAGAGAGGUGCAACAUGACUAAAGAUGAACUGAACGAUGUAAUUGAAGAGGAAGAAGACAGUGAUGUAGAUGAAGAAGAGUUGGAGGAGGAAAAUGAAGACGCUCGGGAAAAGGUGGGUGUUUUAAACUUUAUAUGUGGUGUUACUUAAUGAAAUGGGUAUUUUUAAAUUUUUGUUUAGUUUUAAAUUAUUAUUUAACUAAUUUUUAGCGCAACGAAUUAGCUGCUGCUUCUCGAUUCACCAAUUGGCUGGAAAAUGCACAAACUCAUAUCGAAAAGUUGAAAAUUGAGGAAGAUUUUGAAGUUACGGAUAAGGAAAUGCAAGAACAUUAUGGUAAGCAAAAUUCGUUUAUAUAUUUUGUUAAUUUGGGGAAUUAUAAUAAGAAUGAUAUUUGUUUCAGAAAAGCACAUAAGUACAAACGAUGAAAAACCGGCAUCAUCUGCUUCAGGAGACAAUGCCGAUGAUGAGGAGAAAGAUGAUAAUGUAUCAGAGUUUGGAACUGAUAUUCAUGAAUUAAAAAGAGGUAAAGUAACUUCGGCCAGGAAGAUUUACGAAAACGGAUCAACGAUAGCUCCAGAAGACAUCAGAAGUCGACUUUUAACGGUAAGUUUUCACUUUCUGAUAAGGAAUGUAUUUCAAGAUAAAGUUAAAGUAAUUUUUAACAUUAAUAUUUCUGGUUUGAUCUUGAUAUGAAUAUAUGUAUAAAAAAGUGAAAGCCGAUCUUUAACCUAAUGUCGUGUUUCAGGAGAAGCAGCGAGUUAAAAGGGAAAAGUUUAAAGCCAAAGGAAAGGAAUGUGCAGUUCGUCGAGGAAGGAAGGCCAACCAGAGCAUCGUCAAGGAGUACGAUGGCUGGGACUUUUAA